AUGUUCAGCUCAAUGAGUAACGAAAAACCUAAAGGAACAGCUGCAUCGCUCAACUACGAGUUUCAACCAGAGCAUUGUGUUCCAGUUCCCUUGAGCAUGAAUGAUAACUACAAUUCUAUGUACUUGAAUUCAUUUCCCCAGCUUAUUAAUCAAGAAUUCUCACCUCAACAUCAAUACCCACAUCCAACAUUAACAAAUGUAUCAAUAAACCAACCUUCUCAAUUUUUCCAGUCUUCACAAACACCACAAUUUGUUAAUCAGCCAUUUAGUAAUCAUCCCCAAAAUUUUUCUUACCCAUUGCUCAACAGCUGUGGUUAUGUUGGAGGUUUCCCCGUUGAAAAUGACAGAUCCAAUAGUGCUAGUGAUAAAAUGAAUUCUCUUAAGGAUUAUUAUUUUUCACAACAGGAUGUCAGACCUGCUUCUUCACCUUCCUUUCAGAUCAAUACUUCUACGAAUAUUCCAAUGGUCUACGCCGACCCUCUUGGUCCUUCUCCUUCCUCCUUUGAAAAUUUGGGUUUCCAAAACCCAAAUUUCCAGAUGAAUGACUUCCUCCAUAAACCAAUCUCCAUGGUUCUGAAAAAUGACAUACAGGUGCUUAAUACUCAAAAUACAGAAAGUGAUACCGUGUCAUCACUUGUUAGCCAAAAAAAAUCUUCAGCAUCAGCUCUGAGGUCAAACAAAUCUGGUCCUAACUCCCCGAUACUGGGCUUGAACAGCCCUGGUUCCAAUCAAUCCUCUGGUGCCGAAUAUAAUAAAAUCAAUAAACAAGGAAAACCAAAGAAAAGAUCCAGAUUGGGUUGUCUAACAUGCAGAGGUAGAAAGAAAAGAUGUUGUGAAAGAAAACCUGUUUGUGUCGAAUGUGAGAGGAUAGGAUUAAAAUGUAACUGGCCAAAGCCGGGAACUGAAUACAGAAAUAGAUCAAAAAACAACAAUCUUACUGGGGAUAGAGAUGUCAUUGAAACUUCUUUGGGUAAAAUGAAGGUAAUGAGAGGUGUUAUUUCCAAAAGGAGCUAUGAAAUACAAUAA